AUGACGACGAAAACGAGAUCGAAGAGUCAACCGCCACACACCGCUCAUUCGGAGGCACAUCGAUCAGAAAGCAGAAAGAAGCUAUCUCGCGGAAAGACAGCUCAAUCGAGACAUCGAAACGGCCCACCUGCAAGACCUCCGUGGAACAAUGACACUACGAUUGACUACGAGAAAUUCGAGAUCAAAACCGAUCCUCAAGCGCUGCAAAAAGCGAAAGAAGAACAGGAGGCGUUGAAUCAGAGUUGGAUGGAGAGUCUUCGACCGGAUCCACUUGGACGACCACCGUGGAAUAAUGAUACGACUUUCGACUAUGAUAAACACGAUUUUCAACAAGAACCCGCUGGAAGGGAUUCGAAAGAAGAACAAGAGAAACUGAAUGAGACGUGGAUGUCGAGUCUUCGCGGUAGUUUUCAUCAAGAUCAA